AUGUCACUUAGUGCUCUGAGUAGGAAAGAGAAAGAAAAAAUCAUCCACCAACUAGUAUUACAGGCUCCUCCAGGGGAAUUUGUAAAUGUUUUUGAUAAUCUCUGUCUGCUGAUCCAUGAUGAAAAACUCAUGCACCAUCAAGGUGAGUACGCAGGCCACCAGCAUUGCCAAAAGUAUUCUGUCCCGCUCUGUCUCGAUGGAAACCCAGUACUCUUGUCUCACCACAAUGUAGUGGGGGACUUCCAAUUUGUUGACCAACAAAGCAAGCUUUCUUUCAGAUUCGACCUGCUUCAAAACCAGUUAAAAGACAUUCAAAGUCAUGGGGUCAUCUGGAAUGAGACAGAAUACGUGAGAACGGUUGUUCUGUACGCCUUAAAAUUGUAUGUGAAUGAUCACUACCCAGCAGGAAAUGGCAACGUGCUGAGGAAAACGAAAAACAAGGAGUUCUUGAUAGCCUGCAUUGAGGAUCACAGCUAUGAAACAAGAGGGUGCUGAAAUGGCCUUUGGAAGUCUAAAUGGAUCUUCCAAAUAAAUCCAUUUCUAACCCAGGUAACAGGAAGAAUUUUUGUGAAAGCUCACUUCUUCAGGUGCGUCAACCUGCAUAUUGAAAUCUCCAAGGACCUGAAAGAAAGCUUGGAAAUAGUUAACCAAGGGCAACUGGCUCUCAAUUUUGCAAGGCUUGUGGAAGAGCAACAGAAUAAAUUUCAAGCUGCUGUUCUAGAAGAAUUACAGGAGUUAUCAAAUGAAGCCCUGAGGAAAAUUUUACGAAGAGAUCUUCCAGUGACCCGCACUCCGAUUGACUGGCAGAGGAUCCUCUCUGACUUGAAUCUGGUGAUGUAUCCUAAAUUAGGAUGUGUCAUUUAUUCAAGGAGUGUUUUGAGCAACUGGAUCAUAUAA